UGGGUUAGUUUGUCUUGUAGUAAUAACUGGUGUCCACUGUCCAGUGACUCAGUAAAGUGAGAAACAUUGUCUGCCUCUUCAAUCUCUCUCACUGUAAAGUCUCUAACUUUCUUAUUCAUUUCUCCAAACCCUUUCACUCACAUUGCUAUCUAAUCUAAAUCUGUUAACUCAAUACUUGCUGGGUUGUUUUGUGUUUCUUGAACCAACCCAGAACUGGAGCUGAAAUAGCACCAACUCUUAUAGGGUUUGCAGAUCAGUUAGGGCUUUACCUUGCAGAAGUAUUGGACUGAACUUGCUGGUUUAGGUGAUUAUUGGAUGUGAUGAAGCUUAAAAAAUGGCUUGCAAGUGUUUUGUUGCUCACUGCUGCUAUGCUAACCACUACAUUGGGUGCUUUUGUGGGGGUAAACAUUGGCACCGAUGUCUCUGAUAUGCCAUCUGCUUCAAACGUGGUUGCUAUUCUAAAAGCCAAUCAAAUUACUCACGUGCGUCUUUAUGACGCCAAUGCUCACUUACUACAAGCCCUUUCGAAAACCAAUAUUGACGUAAUGGUUGGUGUCACCAAUGAGGAGGUAUUGAGAAUUGGAGAGUCUCCAUCAGCAGCCGCAGCUUGGAUCAAUAAAAAUGUAGUUGCCUAUGUACCAUCCACCAAUAUCACGGCAAUAGCUGUUGGCAGUGAGGUUCUUUCCACAAUCCCAAAUGUUGCUCCCGUUCUCGUUCCUGCCAUGAAUUCUCUUCACAAAGCUCUGGUUGCUGCAAACCUUAACUUCCGUGUCAAGGUUUCAACUCCCCAAUCUAUGGAUAUUAUCCCUAAGCCUUUUCCACCUUCUACUGCCACCUUUAACUCUUCGUGGAACUCUACAAUCUACCAAGUCCUCCAGUUUUUGAGAAACACGAAUUCCUCCUUCAUGUUAAAUGCCUAUCCUUACUAUGGAUACACUAAAGGAGACGGCAUUUUCCCUCUUGAAUAUGCUCUUUUCCGACCCCUUCCUUCAGUGAAACAAAUUGUUGAUCCGAACACACUAUAUCACUAUAAUAGUAUGUUUGAUGCAAUGGUGGAUGCUACCUAUUACUCUAUAGAUGCCUUAAAUUUCAAAGAUAUACCCGUUGUUGUCACAGAAACUGGCUGGCCAUCUUUUGGUGGAGCAAAUGAACCCGAUGCUACUGCAGAAAAUGCUGAGACCUACAAUAAUAAUAUGAUUCAGCGGGUCCUGAAUGAUUCCGGUCCUCCUAGUCAGCCAAAUAUACCCAUUAAUACCUAUAUAUAUGAACUGUUUAAUGAAGACAAGAGGAAUGGGCCUGUAUCGGAAAAAAACUGGGGCAUCGUCUAUACUAAUGGAAGUGCCGUUUAUCCUUUAAGUUAUGGUGGUGCUUCUGGCCAGAUCACCGGAAGUGGAAACUCUACGGGAAUAUUUUGUGUUGCUAAAGAUGGAGCAGACACUGAUAAGCUGCAAAAUGGCCUGAGCUGGGCUUGUGGUCAAGGCGGAGCAAACUGUGCUCCUAUUCAACAAGGACAGCGAUGCUAUCUCCCCAAUAAUGUGAAAAGCCAUGCCUCAUAUGCUUAUAAUGAUUAUUAUCAGAAAAAUCAAGGUGUUGGUGGAACUUGCGACUUUGAUGGUACUGCCGAAAUCACUUCCAAGGAUCCAAGUUAUGGAUCCUGUAGAUUCCCGGGAAGCUCUGGCGCUGGAGGAGUGAGUUUACCUCCCACGGCACUUGGACCUUCUUCAAGUCCCUUUGGAGCAAGUAUGAACCUGCAAGUGUCUACCCUUCAGUAUAUGAUUUCUGCUAUUGGUGUAUUUUUUGCUCUGAUGAUUCUUUGACCAAAAGGUUUAUGCACUUCAGAUUGCAAUUCAAUUAUAAUGUAGUUUUCAUCGAUUUUGAUUCUUACUUUCUUUUGUCCAUUUUAUUCUUCAUAGCUAUGUCACAUCUUGUGCAUUUGAGGUCUUGUAAUUUAUCUCUUUUAUGAUAGAUAGUUGCUUAAUUUAGUGGUUUAGCUCUAGGAGAAAAACUGAACUGAAUCUAGAAGAAAUUAUUGCCACUGUUAUCUCUUUUACUUCAU